AUGGCUUCUAGGUCGAGUGUCUUCUCGACCCGCUCGGGAUGGAGCUCUGUCCUGGCCGGGGCAUCCCUCUUCGCAGUCGGUGCUCUUGUGGGCGGCAUUCUCGCGGGCAGGCCUAAGAAAAGCACCAUCCUGCCAUCCCCGCGGACGACGCGUCUCAGGCUAUCCGACGAGGAAAGGUCUCAACUGCCGUACCCCCCUGACGUGCUUCCCGGGGCAAGAGAUGUCGAUACCCCCUACGGAUCGAUCAGAAUCUACGAAUUUGGUCCGGAAGAUGGCCGUAAGGUGCUCCUUGUGCACGGCAUCAGCACGCCGGCUAUUGCAUUGGGUGGCGUGGCACAUGGACUUGUAGACACUGGAUGCCGCGUUAUGCUCUUCGACCUCUUUGGGCGAGGGUACUCGGACAACCCUGCGGACCUUCCACAAGACAUAAGACUCUUCACCACCCAGAUCUUGCUGGCGUUGGCCUCGUCCCCUCUGCCUUGGACCGGCAAGGGCUCUGGGAAAUUCUCCAUGAUUGGGUACUCCCUUGGUGGAGGAAUCUCAACCACGUUCACAUCCUACUUUCCAGACCUGGUCGAUACUCUGAUCCUCUUCACGCCAGCAGGCUUGUUGAGGCCAUAUCACAUCAGCAAGACUAGCCGCGUCAUAUAUUCCGAGGGAAUCAUUCCAGAACCGAUCCUUCUGCGCUUAGUCAAGAAACGACUUCAACGACCAUUGUCAGCGCCGGCAAAGCCGGGCGACGGCCAGAACCACCAGGUAGACGCAACCGAAGCCGUGCAGGCCGAAGUCAACCUGGAAUCGAAUUCGCAAGCCGUGCUUUCGAAAAUCCGCCCGCAUGUCACCGUGGAGGCCACAGUCGACGACCAACUGAACUCUCAUCCCGGGUUCGUGCCUGCAUUCAUGUCAAGUAUUCGAUACGCUCCUAUCCAACAUCAGCACGACCGAUGGCGCAUGGUCGGCGACCAGCUGAGCCAAGCAAACAAGGAGAACGGAACUCGAAAAAAGGUCUUGAUUGUUUGCGGUGCUACUGAUCCAAUCAUAAUCACGAAAGAGCUUGAGGAGGACGCGACAGCUGUGCUCUCCGGGAACGCGGAGAUCGUGGUCCUGGAUGCGGGGCAUGAGGUGCCUAUUACGAAAGUAGACGAAGUAGUUGCACAUAUCGUGGACUUUUGGAAGCGGACGGACUCGCAGUAA